GAGAUCAAGAUCAACUUCGAGAUCAGCAUCACCGAACAACAAAUUCAACGAUGAUAUUAUCGUCAUCGCUGAGACAUAGAAAUCACCAUCAUCAUCAUAAUCGUCGUGAUAUUAUCGGAUCAAAAGAUCACCAACAUAAUCAUCAUCAUCAGGAAUUGUUAAAAAGUGCAAAAACAACAAAUUCUAUUUUAACACCAUCAUCAUCAAGUACUAUGAAGAAUAAUGAUGCUGUCGGUGAUGUUAAUAUAGAAUCAUCAUUAACAUUACAAACAACAUUACGAUCAUAUACAACAACAAAUAAAAGUAUAAAUUUUACACAUAUUGAAUUAGAUUCAAUAACUGGUAAUAUUUAUGUUGGUGCAUCAAAUUGGAUAUUUCAGCUGGAUUCAAAUCAAUUACUGGUUGAACAUGCAAUUCGUACUGGACCAAUACAUGAUAGUUCACAAUGUCCACCAUCUGAUUGUUCGGGUAUUGAUCCCAGUUUAAUACAAAUAACAAAUAAUAUAAAUAAAAUAUUAUUAAUUGAACCAUAUGCACGUAUGUUAAUUGUAUGUGGUUCAGUACAUCAAGGUGCUUGUACCCGACAUCGUUUAGAAGAUAUAUCAAAACAUGAAGAAUUAAUACCAUUACCGGUUGCAUCGAAUGAUGAAAAUUCAUCAACAAUUGCAUUUGUUGGUCCGGCAAGAUAUUUUGGUGUACAGCUAACACCAAUUCUUUAUGUUGCUGCAACUGAUACACGUAUCGGACCAUAUCGUGAUAUGGUACCAGCAAUAUCUGGUCGUUCAUUAGAAUCAAAUCGUUUAUUUACUAUAAUUGAUCGUGGUUUUGCUGAUAGUGCACGUGUUGAUAUUAGUUCAAAUAUACGUGAUUAUUUUCUUGUAAAUUAUAUAUAUGGUUUUUAUGCAAAUGAUUAUGUUUAUUUUGCACAAAUCCAACGGCGAUCAUAUUUACGUACAUUAGAAGAAAUGGGUUAUAUAACACGUUUAUCACGUGUUUGUGUUAGUGAUGCUGGUUUUCAUACCUAUACAGAGAUAACAUUAGAAUGUUAUUCAACAACAACAACAAACUAUAAUCUAUUACAAGAUGCUAUUUUAAUAAAAGCUGGUUCUGAUCUUUCAGAUUCUUUAAAUAUUGAACGUAAUUCAUUAAUAUUAAUUGGUAUAUUUACAAAUAGUCAUGAUCAUACUAAUCGUCCAAAUGGUGAUAAAUCAGCUGUUUGUUUAUAUCCAAUCAAUAAUAUUGAACAACGUUUUGCUGAAAAUAUUCAUCUUUGUUAUAAUGGUAGUGUUUAUUCAAGAAAUAUGGAUUAUAUUGCUGGUAGUGUUAAUCAAUGUCCAGAGCCUGGGAAAGCUGGAAAUGUAUUUAAUUUUUGUAAUGAAGCUGUAAAAUUAAAUGGUUCAAUACCAUUACGACAACAAGCGGCAAUUGUUUAUGAUGAUAAUCAUACAGUAUUAACAGCCGUUGCAGCAGGUAUUACCGGGCAGCAUACGGUUGCAUUUUUGGGCACCAAUUAUGGAUCAAUCAAAAAGGUAUUAUUAACAAAAGGAAAUUAUGGUGAACAAUUUGAUGAAAUAACAAUCGAUCCAAAUCAACCAAUAUUGGCCGAUUUAUUUGUUGAUAAUGAACAAAAUCCACAAUUUUUAAUUGCAGCAUCACCAUAUAAGGUGGUAAAAUUACCAAUAGAAACAUGUAUACAACAUAAUACCUGUGAUCAAUGUUUACAGGCACGUAAUCCAUAUUGUGGUUGGUGUUCAUUACAGAAAAGAUGUACAAUCAAAUCUGAAUGUUUAUAUUCAAAUGAUAAUAAUCAAAAUCAUCAAACACGUUGGCUUUCAUUAGAAACAUCACAAUGUAUUGAUUUUCAAGCAAUUAAACCUGAAUUUAUAUCUAUAAAUUUACUUGCACCGGUCGAGCUUAUUAUCAAUCAAUUACCUCAAUUGCCUUAUGGUGCAAAUUAUCUUUGUAUAUUUGAACAACAAGGACAACCAAUACAAGCAAUUGUUACACGUAAUGGUCUUAUUUGUCAAACACCACCAAUACAUUUACGUCCAAAAAUACCUAAUGGUUAUGAUCAUAUUAAUAUUGAUGUUUCAGUACGUAGUAGUGAAACUGAUACUGAUUUUAUACAUCGUUCAUUUAUUUAUUUUGAUUGUUCAUUACAUAAAUCAUGUAAAUCAUGUGUAACUAGUGCCUGGGAUUGUAAUUGGUGUAUGCAUGAAAAUCUUUGUACAUUUAAUACAUCAUUAUGUACACGACGUAUGAUUGUUGGUGAAAAUAGUGCACAAAAUUCAUUGAUAAAAGGUGUACAACAUUGUCCAUCAUUCAAUAUUGAACAAGAAAUUAUUAUACCCGAUGGUCAACGACGUGAAUUAACUAUUGAAAUUCGUAAUCUUAUACCAUUAAAUGAUCAAUUUCAAUGUAUUAUUGAAAUUGAACAAGCAAAAGAACGUGUACAAGCACGUAUUAGUGAUAAUAAAAUUAUUUGUAAUGAAUUAAUGUUAUCAUAUCAAGAAGAAAUUGGCCAACAACGUGCUUCAUUAACAGUAUUAUUGAAUAGUGACACAUUUAUUGAUCGUACAAAUUUUACAAUAUAUAAAUGUCAAUAUUUAGGAGCAUAUGCAGGACGUGCUGAUUGUUCACUUUGUCAAACACGUGAUAAUAAAUUUGGUUGUGUUUGGUGUCAAAAUCAAUGUUUAUAUAAUGAUCAAUGUUUAGAUUCACCAGUCAUUAAUUCUUGUCCACCACCACGUAUUGAUUAUAUACAUCCAAUAUCAGGUCCAAUUGAAGGUGGUACAUUAGUAUCAAUAGAAGGUUCAAAUCUUGGUUCAUCAUUUGAUGAAAUAAAAGAUCGUAUAUCAAUUGGUGGUAUACCAUGUCGUCCAAUUAAAUAUAAUAUAUCAAUACGUAUUGUAUGUCGUACCGGACAAAGUUUAAUUGGUCCACAAUCAGCAUUAGUUAUUAUUGGUAAUCGUGCUGGUGUUACACGUGCACAGGAAAAAUUUCAAUAUAAAAUAAUUGAAUUGAUUGAUGUAAAUCCAAAAAUUGGUCCACAAUCCGGUGGUACACGUAUUUAUUUAAGUGGAAAAAAUUUAAAUAUUGGUUCAAAUGUAGCAAUAUAUUUAGAUGAUUUACCUUGCCAUGUUGAACGAUCAUUGGCAAGUAGCUAUCAAAUGAGCUGUCGUACAAGUGCAGCACCAUAUUCAUCAUAUGUUGUAACACGUUUAAUAUUAAUGAUUGAUGGUGCUAAUUAUACAUUAGCAAAUCCAUUUCUUUAUACUGCUGAUCCAUCGAUUGAUCAUAUUGAACCAUUACAAAGUUUUUUUUCCGGUGGACGUUUGAUAACCGUAAUUGGUUCACAAUUUACAUCCAUUCAACAACCAAGAAUGUUGGUAUUUGUACCACGAACAUUAUCAUCAUCAACAUCAAAUAAUCAACAACAACAACAACAAAUUAAAAAUCAUUAUCCAACAAUAUGGCCACCAUAUCAACAACAACAACAUAAUAUUGAUAAUAAUCGUUUAAUAAAUGAAUCAUUAUGUAUUGUAUUAUCAUCAAUAAAAAUGUUAUGUCAAUCACCGAUGAUAAAUGGUGAUUUACAAUUAUUAGCAAGUAAUCUAAGUAGUCAAACCAAGCAAAAUCAUAAUCGUGAUAAUCAUAAUCAACAACGUAAUCAUAAUAAUUCAACAUUACAUCAUAUACCGAAUCAAAUUUAUUUACAAAUUGGUUUCAUAAUGGAUAAUACAAUAUCAACAUUGGAAUUAGAUCAAUAUUAUCCACAAUUAGAUUCAAAUAUACUUUAUGUAUCGGAUCCAAUUAUUUAUUCAGUAAAUAAUGGACAUGGAAAAUCAAUUAUAAUUAAUGAUAAUCGUAUUAAUAAUGAUGGUAUUAAUAAUAAUGGUGAUAAUAUAUUACCAUUUAAUGGUGAUGUUAUUGUUAUUGAAGGUGAAAAUUUAGCUGUUCUGUUAUUAUCUGAAUAUGAACUGAAUGUUACAAUCGGACAACAACGUUGUAAUUUAACAUCGGUUAAUAUGCGACAAAUCAUAUGUCAACCACCAAUUUAUCCACCACCCUCACCAACUGAUGAAUUAGGACGAAGAAAUUCAAUUGAAUUACCGGCUAUUGUAUUGAAGAUUGGUAAUAUGCGUCGUCAUUUAGGUUAUCUACAUUAUUCUGAUUAUUUUUAUGAUAAUUUUAAUGAAUUAUUAAUUGUAAUUUCAAUUAUAAUCGGUACAAUAUUAACAAUAAUAUCGAUAAUUAUUUUGGCUGCUUAUAAACAUAAAACCAAUGAAGCAGAACGUGAAUAUAAACGUAUACAAUUACAAAUGGAUACAUUGGAAAAUAAUGUUCGUUCAGAAUGUAAACAAGCAUUUGCUGAAUUACAAACAGAUAUUUUACAAGCAAAUGGCCUAUUAAGUGUUGAUGAUUUACCAAAAAUUUCAUUACCAAUGCAUGAUGAACGAACAUUUUUAUUACGAAUGUUUUUUGCAUCUGGUACACCAUGGCCAUCGUCACCAUUAUCAUCUUCAGAUCUUUGUAAAGAUAAUUUUGGUUUAAAUGAUGGUAGUAAUCAACAAUCAUUAAUAAUCAAUAAUAUUCAACAAUUAAAAUAUAAUUAUCUUUAUCAAAUGUUUUGGUAUUGUUCACCUUAUUUUAAUAUUAAUAAUAAUAAUGAUAAUGAUAAUGGUGAUAAUAAUAAUGCUGAAAAAUUACAAAAUAUUAAUCAACAAUCAUUUUUAAUAAAAUCAAUGAAUAAUAAUAAUGAUUUAAAUUAUCAUUAUCCUACAAAUGGAUCAUUACAACAACCUGUUGAAAAUUUUUAUACUAUUAAUCGAUCAAUGAUUAUGAAAUCGAUGGCUGAUAAUAAUCAACAACAACAACAACGACCAUCGAUUAUAAUCGAACAAUUUGAACAAUUAUUAUUAAAUCAAAAAUUUUUAUUAAUAUUAAUCAAUACAUUAGAACAACAAACAAAAACAUUUUCAAUAAAUGAUCGUUUACAUUUUGCAUCAUUAUUAACGAUAACAUUAUUAGAUCGUAUGGAAUAUUCAUUUGAUAUAAUGAGAAAAUUAUUAUCAAAAUUAAUUGAUCGUUUUUCAUUGAAUAAACACCAACAACAACAACAACAACAUUCAAAUCAAUUAAUAAAAUAUAAUGAUAGUAUUGUUGAAAAAAUGCUUAUCGAUUGGUUAUCAAUUUGCCUGUAUAAAUAUGCACGUGAAAUAUCAUCUGGUCCAUUAUUUUUAUUAUUUUCAGCUAUUAAACAUCAAAUUGAUAAAGGACCAGUUGAUUUUGUUACUGGUAAUUCAAGAUAUACAUUAUCGGAAGAAAAAUUAUUACGCGAACAAAUUGAUUAUAAAACAUUGACUGUAAAUAUAUUUUUGGAUGAAAAAUUACAACAAACAUUACCGCCAAUUAUAUCGAUUAAUAAUAAUAAUAAUAAUCAUCGUUCAUCAAUAUCAGAUCGAUAUUCUACAAUACAAAAUUGUCGUACUGCUACCAUUAAUAAUAAACAUCGUCGAGGAAUAAUAACGGGACAACAACAACAAUCAUCAUCAACAACAACACUUCGAUCAAUCAAUAAUCGUAUGGGAAAAAAAUCAAUGGAUUAUCAUCAUCAUCAAAUUGGUAAUGAUCAUCAAUCGAUUGCCAAUAUGGUUGAAGAUAAUAAUACCACCACUACAAACACUACUAUUACACCGAAUAGUACACCAAUUAAUUCUGAUGAUUUUAAUCUAAGUAAUAACGGUCGCAGUGGUAGUGGUAGUGGAAGUGGAAGUGGUGAUCCAACAAGCAAUUCUACAGAUAUAAUUAUCGAUAAUAAUAAAUUAGAUGAUAAUAAUAAUGAUAAUAAUGGUUAUACCUGUCGAAUAUUAGAUUGUGAUACAAUAACACAGGUAAAAAUGAAAAUUAUUGAUACAUUAUAUCGUUUUGUACCGAAUGUUGACCGGCCAUCUGUAAAUGAUUUACAAUUAUAUUGGAAAAGUUUAAAACCAAAACAACAACAACAAACAUCGACAACAUCAUCCACUUCAUCAUCAAAUCCUACAAAUAAUAUAUUACGACCAACACCACUAAUAAAUAAUAACGGUGGUGAUUAUAAUGGUGGAACUGAAGCAAGUUUUAAUAGUAGUGAUCAUUCACAAACAAUAUUACGUAAUCAAUCAUCAAUAACAUAUCAAGAUGUUUAUGGUGUUGCAUCAUUAAUGUCAAAAACGGAUGCAGAUAAAAUUUAUAAUGCUAGUCGUCGUAGUGAUACAAUAUCAUUAGAAAUGAUAGAUAUUUUAUUAGAUGAUUAUGAUCAUUCUACACAGAUUUUAACAGCAAAUGAAACAAUUUGGAGACGUUUAAAUACAAUAUCACAUUAUGGUAUAAUGGAUGGUGCUAUUUUUUAUCUUUGUUUACGUUCAUCAUCAUCAUUAUUAUCAUCAUCCGCAUCGCCAACAACAACAACAUCAACAAAAUCAUCAUCAUCAUAUAAUGGUGAUGAAAACGUCAAACAUGUUAAUAAUCCAAUUGUAAAUAAUCAAUCAAAAUAUCGUUAUCAAUCAAAUAUUUAUAAUCAAGAUCAAAUUAUUAGUAAUAAUAUUCAUGGUGGUAAUGGUGGUGAUAUUUAUAAUGGUAAUAAUUCAAUCGCAAAUGAUGAUAAUACUGAAUUUCAUCUUUAUGAACAAAUACCAGCAGAUAGAAAUUGGAAUAAUAAUCAUCAAGAUUCUUCAUUAUAUGACAGUGGUAAUGGUGGUACAAUUACAAACGAUAAUAAUAAUUUUAUUUAUAAUAAUAAUUCACAAAUAUCAUCAUCAUCAUCAUUACGUAGAAGACAGUUACCGGCAACAUCAAUGAUGAUUAAUUAUAAUCAUUAUAAUGAAUUACCGCAACAACAAUAUGAACCAUAUAUUUAUCAACAACAACAACGACCAUUAUCAUCAAUAUUUCAUAAUAAUCAAGAUGAAAUCUAUGGAUUAGCUAAUCAUACAAAUCAAUCAUUUAUCAAUCAACCAACAAAAUUAUUAUUACAAACAAAUAAUCAAUCAUCAUCAUCAACAUAUCGAUUAAAUUCAAUUACAAUGAAUAAUCGAUCAUUUGCACGUAAUGUUUAUGAUCGUCUUAGUUUAUUUAUGAAAGGAUCAUCAUCAACAACAAAGCGACGUCGACAACAACAAAGACGCAUAAAUCAUCAUACUUUACAUAAUAAUAAUAAUAAUCGUAUUUUAACUAAUCAAUCAAAACGUUUUAUUAAUAAUAAUCAAAAUGAUAAUGAUGAACAACAUAAUAUUUGGCAUCUAGUUAAACCAUCUAGUUUAAUUAAUGAUUGUAUUAUUGGUGUUUCUGGUGGUAAUUUUCUUUAUAAUAAUCAUAAUGAUGGUAAAAAUCGUUAUAAUUUACGUACAAUGCGUCAAAGACGUGCAUUACGACGACGACAACAACAACAACAGAAACCAUUUUCAUCAUUAACACCAGCGAUGUCAACAAUAACGAAUGCCGGUAAACAGUCAUCGCAAUUGUCAGCAGCGGCUGCAGCAGCUGCUGCUGCAUUAUCAGCAUCGCAAAUUACACUGGAUAGACAUAAUAAACCGAAUUUUAAUAAUUCAAUAUCGAUGAAUUCUUUGGCUUUAAAAUCAUCAUUACAAACAAUAACAACAACAACAAUAUCAUCAUCAACAACAACAACAACAUCGACAACAACAACAAUAGCCAAUGAUAAUAAUUCACCAUUAUCAAUGGCAUCAUCAUUAUUAGCAUCAAUAUUUUGUCCAAAUUUACAACAACAACAACAACAACAUUUACAAUUAAAUUCAUCAAUAUCAACAUAUCUAAUCAAUCGUUCAAUACCUGAAAUUUAUUUAACACGUUUAUUAACAACAAAAGGAAUAAUACAACAAUAUAUUGAUGAUUUUUUCAAUACAAUAUUUACAGUUAAUGAACAUUUACCAAUUGCAAUCAAAUGGUUAUUUGAUUUUUUUGAUCAAGAAGCUAUGAAAAAUUCAAUUAAUAAUCCAGAUACAUUAAUUUCAUGGAAAAAUAACAGUUUAAUAUUACGAUUUUGGGUUACAAUAUUACGUAUGCCAGAAAUAUUAUUCGAUAUACAAAGUAAUAUUAGUAUCGAUAUUUGUUUGGAUAUUUUGGCAAAAAAUCUUAUCGAUACAUGUGAAACGAAUUUAAUCAUCAAUAAUGAUAAUGUUGGUGGUGGUGUAAAUUGUUCCAUUGGUGUUAACAACAACAACAACUUGGCUAACCAAAACAACAACAACAAUUCAACAUUGUUAGGAAAAUUAUCAAAUAAUAAUAAUUCGUCAACAAAUAAAUUAUUAAAUACACGCGAUUUAAUAAAUUAUCAACAAAUUAUAAAUCAAUAUUAUAAUGAUAUUUCAUUAUUACCAUCUAUUCAAGAAAGUGAUAUUAUUGCCUAUAUGAAAGAUGUAUCAAAGACAUUUGAAGGAAAGAUACAAAAAGAAAAAUCAUUAGAACAAUUAUUAACAUAUUGUAUACAAUAUAAAGAUGAAAUAUUUCAAUCAUUAUCGAAUGAUCAAUUAACACAACAAGAACAUUUACAUUUAAAAUUUGAAACAAUUAUUUAUGCUGCAAUGGCAACUAAUCAUUAUCAUCAUCCGCAACAAUCGCAAUCGCAAUAUGGCCAUCAUCAUUUUCAACAACAACAAUCGCAACAACAACGUACCAAUGGAAUAUCUCGUGUUUGAGAAACGAAAAUGAUCGAUCGAAUUAACCCUUUUCGAUCCAUUGAAUUAUUGACAAUUUUCAUUUCUUCUUGUAAAUUUGUAAAUUAUUAUUUUUUUGUAAUUUUGUUGAUUUUUAUUUUGAUGAACAAAUCUUUUAACAAAAAA